AUGUCAGAAACAGAAGCGUCAAAAGAAGAGGUUGUUACCAUAAAGGAUAACGAGGAACAAGUUAAGAAGGCUUUGCUUGAUCCAACAAAAAAGAGAAAAGCUGAAGAUGAAAUCGAAAUUGACUUGAAAAGCUCUAUUCCCCUAUCAAAGAAACAAAAGCGUCUCUUGAGAAGGGGGAAGAUUACUCUAGAGGAGUUAAACGCAAAGUACAACAUCGAUCCUAAAUCGAUCAAAGAAUACAAAGAAGAUGCUGAAAAGAAAAAAACUGGUGCCUCUGAGAAAGACGACCAAGGUGAUGGAUCCACAACUGAUGCCGUAAAAGGAGAUGAAUCUAGUGAGACUGCAACGAAGAAGAAGAAAGAUGAAAAUAAAUAUGGUGUUUGGAUUGGUAAUUUAUCUUUUGAGACCACGAAAGAUGACUUAGUUAGAUUUUUCGUUGCUAAGACAAAAAACAAUGAAGACGAAAGAAGCAGAGUUACCGAACAAGAUAUAACCAGACUAUCCAUGCCACGUGUUGCUGCCAAAAACUCUAACUCUAUGAAAAACAAGGGGUUUUGCUACAUGUUUUUCAAAAACGUCGAGCAAUUGAAAGCAGUCCUAGAGUUAUCUGAAUCUCAUCUAAACGGAAGAAAUAUGCUAAUCAAAGAUUCUGAAAAUUACUCGGGGAGACCAGACAAAGAUGAUCUGGUCGCCAUGUCCAAAAAUCCACCUUCAAGAAUUCUCUUUGUCGGUAAUUUGUCGUUUGAUGUUACCGAUGAUUUAUUAAGAAAACAUUUCCAACAUUGUGGUGAUAUCAUAAAAAUCCGUAUGGCGACAUUCGAAGAUAGCGGUAAAUGUAAAGGGUUCGCAUUUAUCGACUUCAAAAAUGAAGAAGGAUCGACCAAUGCAUUGAAGGAUAAAGGUUGUAGAAAAAUUGCUGGAAGACCGUUGAGAAUGGAAUACGGUGAAGACAGAAGUAAAAGGCAGGUUCGUAAGAAGGUUGAAAAUGUAACCAAUGACAAAUCUCCCUCAUUCGAUAUUUCCAAUAACAGAGGGUAUGAUCAUUCAAGACAGGAUAGCGGCAAUAAGCCCGAAUAUAAGAGACCCAACAACAGCAGACGUCCACCCGUAGAUUCUAAUAAUCGUACUAAGAGCAGUAUAGCAUUAGCGACCGCCCAAAGAGGUUCUGCAGCUAUCGUACCAUCGCAGGGAAAGAAAGUGAAAUUUGACUAA